UGAGUGAGAACAUUUAUGGUUAAAAUUUUUCAAAAUAAAUUGAUUACCUAGGUAUUUAUUCAUAAAAUAAAGAUCCCAGGGACCCAGAAAUGGACGUUGAAGUGAAAAUUAAGGAGGAUAUGAAGGCACUCGGUUGCAUCAAUGAAGAAAAAAUAUCGCUGGCGUAUCAUUUGUAUAUUUAUUUAGUUGAUGAACGUCUCAUGUACGAUACCGAAUAUUGUUACAAUAAAGAUAUAGAUACCCUGUAUAUAGUGGCCAGGCCAAAUAAAUUGCAUAAAAUAAACAUAUAUGUGCCCAUUCCGUGUUCAUUUGACUUGAGUUUUACUUAUAUAGGCAUGUUACAAGAAAAUUUGUGUACUGUAGAGACUGGCCCUGCUAUCAACUUAGCAUUUAUUGAAGAGGACUUUACCGUAAAUAUAUAUACAAUAACAAAACGACUAGAAACCCGUCAGAGUGAAGAAAAAACAGCACAAUUGAGAAUGAAGGAAGACAAACGGACAUUUAUUAAUAGUGAACUCAAAAAGAACAGGGAAAAUAUAUUAAAAGAUGCUUUGGAUGGAGGUGUGGUUGAUGAUGAUGAUUGUCAAAUAAUAGACUGAAAGUUCAAUGUGUAACAUAGUGUAUGUAUCAAAAGGCUGGAUAUAAAAUGGAUCCCUUACAACAGUGUGUGUUAUUUUUAAAUAAUAAUUUCUCAUAUUGUUAAUGCCUGGUCUGAUAGAUGAAACUUUUUAUUACCUAUGGUGUAGGUAUGUUCUGUUUUUUACAUUAUUUUAAUAUAUUCCUUUUGAAGCUAGUAAGUAAUACCCAGAAGCGUAUAAAAAUUUGAUGGGGGGGGGGGGUAAAGAUUUCUCACAAAAGCGCACGUUGGGGGCCCCCUUGGCGCGGGGGCCCCUAUAAUUGAUACGGCAGAUACGGCGGUAGCUACGACCCUAAGGUAAUACCUUUAAAAUUAGCUUUAAAUUAUAAAUUGUAUAUGUUUAGAUGAUCCAUAUAAUUAUUAUGAUGAUUGGCACCCCGGGAUGAUGGGCAAGUUAUUUUAAUAAUUUAUGAUCUAUAAUUUGUUGUUGUAUUCCAUUUUUAUACAUAUAGGGUGAGAAAUAAAAUAUGUUUUAUAAUUUUU